AUGCAGGAUUUUCCUAAGUCGAGCACACAGCGAGCGGACGAUAUAAAGAACAAGUUGGCAAAAGAGUUGACCUUGGACAAGCCGGAACAGGCCGCUGAAAGCGGGAGCAAUGUAUUUAACGGACCGUUGCAAGUGAGCUUACCACCGGAGCCCACAUCCAAGUCACCUAGGCUACAGCGACAGGGUACAGACGGUAGCCUAGUGCGGCAACGACCUACGCCGAGUACGCGUGUACCAGAGGGCGGGUCACCACCCCCUCCCCUGCCGCCGAAGAAGCCGUCGGAAGGGGGCACUCGCCCCCCGCCACGCCCACCUUACGACGACGAGACCCGUCUCGACGGACCACCACUACCGCGCCCUGCCAGAAAGAAAGAGCCUAUGCCGGACCGCAGUGUGAAGCCUCGUUUAUCAUCAGCGGCUACUAAUAGUAGCGAGGAGGAGUAUUUGACGCCGGCACCGCCGCCGCUGCCUGCCGCCAGGCGCUUCGACAUCACGCUCACGCAACUUCUCACCUGCUCUAUGGACGAGCUGGCCGUGCGAUUGCGGGUUCCUGCGGCCACUCUCUCCUCGUUGACAUUACCACAACUUACCGAGUAUCUCAGAUCGUAUCUAGCAGCGGAUACUGAAAGAGCGCACAUUCACAUAGAAACAUCUAUGAAAACAGAAAAGGAUAAAUCUAGAUCAUCUCUGCCAACUGCCUUGCCUGAGAAACCAGUCAAUUCAACCAUACCACCUAUUCCAUUCAAACCCGAUACGAUUGACUUCAAGCCACAAUUUGAAGAUAACUUCGCACCUGCAACCGCCACUGAAACUAGCGACACUUUCGUUGCGAAUUUCGAUGACUUUGAUAAGAAAGCGAAUCCUUCCUACGACAGAUAUGCCGCAUUCAGAGAAAUACAAGAGCAAGAAUUGAGAUCUAAGUCUAUAUUAGAUCCACUAGAUAACCCUGAGUCUGAAACCAAACAAGAUUCAGACGAUAAAGAAGAGUUGACGGCUAUAGACGACAUAAUAAAAACGAAUGAGGAAACUCUAAAUGAAGUCAAAGAGACAUCGCGUAGUCCGUUGAAGACUUUAGAUGAAUUAACUUUAGAUUCUUUUAAUAUGUUUAGGAACUCGGUCAGUCCAAAGCCGACACAGAUCGAUGCUAAAAUAGAAGAUAUAAAAUCUGUGAUGAAAACAUUACAAAUAGAGAAAAGCAGAAGAAGCGUUUCACCUAGGGAUAACGGCUCAGUGGAUGUGAAACACGAAGACACGAACGACAGAUACGCUGCGUUACGAGAAAUAACAAUCACUGAACCCCCUCAAGACGAGUUCGAAUCUUUACCACCAGAACCAACGAAAGAGAGAAAGAAAUCAGAUGAGAAAUCCGAUGGUUUUGAUAACUCUGACUUUUUCGAUUGUAUAGAUAACAGCUCGUUGUCCUUCUCGCACGUAGAAGACGCGUUUAGAAAGAGCCCAGUAGUGAAAGAGAGGGAAGAAGAUAAGAAAGUGGAGGUACAGCUGGCACCUGUAUCUGAGCCGGCACCGUUAAGACCCGCGCCGUUACCGCCGCCUACUCGGCUUUCUACCGGUUCAAUUAGUGAUGUGGUCAGUGGUUCUUCGCCUGAUACUAAAGAAAAGCGUGUGAGCAGUGGGGUAGUGGGCGGGGUGGGCGGUGUGGGCGGAGUAGGGGGUAGGUGGGCGGUAUUGGGGGAGCAUGCCUCCCCUGCAUCGUCAGAUAGUCGCGACUCUGGACCGCGGCGGCCGAGACGACGGCGGCACGGCUCCAGGCACGUACAAACAUCGUCCUCAUCUCGAGAUGCAUCACCGUGGGAGGAAGAGUUGCCUCCGGUGCAAAGGUUACAAAGACCGCCGUCACAUCAUCGUGACCAUCGCGACCGGGACAGAGAGUCGAGUAGACACAACUCAUCGGGUUCUAGAGAAUGUCUAGACUCAGGCAGCGGUCGAGAAAAGGACAAACUAAGAGAUAAAAGAGACAGUCGAGACAGAGAUAGGGAUAUAAGUAGAGAUGGAAGGGACUCCGCUAGAGACAGAAGAGACUCUGGCAGUGGGAGGGAUCGACGUGACAUCAGCAAGGAACGUGACCAUAGGGACCAUAGAGAUAGGAGGGAUAGGAGAAGUAGAGAUAGAGAUAAUGAUAUGUGGGAUAGAGAUAGAAAUUACAGUAGAGACAGAGACUACAGGGAUUCGCGAAGUAGAGAGAGAUCGAAAGAUUACAGAGACAAAGACAGGGAUAGACAUCGGAAGACGCGACAUUCAUAUGACGAGGAAGAAGAUUACAGUGACGGUUGUGGAUCUGGUAGAUCGUCUCCCCGCGAUCGAUGGCCGGACCAACGAUGGCGUAGAGAUGAGAGAAAUUACGGUUCAUUGGGAUGGCGAGAGACGCGACGCAGAGCUGAAAUGAGACAAAGUGAAGAACUUAGUGAUAGGAGGUACGGGUCGACGUUGUCAUGGGCAGGUCGUAGGUCGGGCUCUGGCUCGGGGUCGGGUUCUUCGCGGCGGGAGGGGCGUGAAGGGCGGGAAGGCAGGGAGGGGCGCGAGGGCAGGGAGGCGUGGGAAGCGGGUACCGAGCGCCGCCGUCGCGCCCGUGCCGACCCAGAGCCCCGCCCCCGCGUGCGCGACUACCGCUUCUCUAACGAUUUCUCGCCGCGCGAACACGUGUCACCGUUCGACAACGACCUGCACGACGCGCCCACGCCUACCACUAAGAAGCGACCGCCGUACUCCACGCUAGAGGGCACACGUUUUGCGUUCGAGCCGGACGAGGUGACCGCAUCGCCUCUAUCAGCGAGUAGUACGAGAGCGCGCGACGCCGAUUCGCCGGCGACUCGAUUCCGAUUCGACUCGGACUCUGUUUCACCGCGAUCGAUGUUCGAGGACGACUUCACUAGUAUGUCCACGCCCCGAGGGAGGACAGCCUCUAUAGCAGAGGAGGACGAAGGAGACGUCCCCCCGCUCAGAGCGAAACCGAUCAACGCCCAUAGGGACAUAAAGAAAUCGGAAUCGGUCAAUAUAUUCACUAGGGAAUCAGAUCCGUUCGAAGGGGACGCCUUCUUCGCGUGCACGGGCUCCGAUCGCGCGGCGAGAAGAGAGAAUUGGCCGGGGGACUUUCACGGGUUCGAUAACGCGUGA